AGAUUAAAGGGUGAUUAUAAAACAGGCAAACGCAUCAAUAUGCGAAAAAUCAUUCCUUAUAUAGCUAGUCAAUUUCGCAAGGAUAAAAUCUGGCUCAGACGCACGAAACCCUCAAAACGUGACUAUCAGAUCGUCCUCGCAUUAGACGAUUCCAGCAGCAUGGCAGAUAAUCAUUCGAAAGAAUUGGCUUUUGAAUCCUUGUCGCUGAUUAGCAAGGCUAUGACAUAUCUUGAAGUGGGACAACUUAGCGUCCUAAGCUUCGGGGAGCAAGUGAAAGUAUUGCAUCCUUUAGAAGAAGCUUUCACAGAACAAAGUGGCUCUAGGCUAAUACAAGAAAUGAAAUUUGAUCAAAAAAAGACGAUGAUUGGACAAUUAGUUGAUUUUACGGUAGAUAUGUUCGAAAGUCAAUGUGCUUCAUCCGAUAAUGCUAAACUGUUGGUAGUAUUAUCGGAUGGUAGAGGAAUAUUUUCAGAAGGAAAAGAAAAAGUGAAUUGUGCUGUCAGGAGAGCCAGGCUUGUAGAUAUUUUCCUAGUAUUUAUAAUAGUCGACAAUCCAAUUAACAAGGAUUCAAUAUUGGAUAUCCGUAUGCCUGUGUUUGAAAAAGGAAAAUUAUUAGGAAUUCGAUCAUAUAUGGAUAAUUUCCCUUUUCCUUUCUACAUGAUUCUUAGAGAUAUAAACACAUUACCAGGUGUUCUGAGCGAUGCUUUACGCCAAUGGUUUGAAGUAGUUGGAAAAAUUGAUACUUAAGAGAGACUUGUAAUAAUUUUAAAUAUUCAGAUUUAAAA